AUGUGUAAAGCAGCCGAAUCGACAGAGAAACAUAUGAAAACCUUGUCGUUAUCAGAAAAUCCAGAACAUGUAGAUACAGUGAGCCGAAAAUAUGCUUCAAACAGGGGUAGGAGUAAAUACAGGAACACAGGAGACCGAGGACGUGGAUUGUCAUCACACAGAGAGAAAUCCCAACCUGCUACUCAGUCUACUUAUUCGUAUUGUGCUACAACACAUCCAAGAGGAGCUUGUCCUGCAAAAGGAAGGACAUGUCGCGCAUGCGGUAAGGUAAAUCAUUUCGCGAAAGCUUGUUUUUCUACGAAAACUCCAAAACCGAGCACGAGAAACAAAAAGGUAAUGAGUGUCGAGGAACAUGAACUGUUUAUUGACUCUGUAGAUUCUAAACAUACCCAAGAGUCGUGGAUGGCACCAUUACAGGUCAACGGUAACAUCAUACCAUUAAAGCUAGAUACCGGUGCUGAUGUAAAUGUUUUACCUAUGACCGAUUUUGAGAAGCUACCUAGUAGACCAAGAUUACACAAGUCUGAUGUAAGGUUAAAGGCAUACAACGCAGGAGCUAUUCCAGUAUCUGGUCAGGUUAUUUUUACUAUAUCACACAAGGGACAUGACUACAAAACUAUGUUCAUAGUAAGCCCAGAAAAUGUGAAACCAAUUAUUGGCAGAAAAAGUUGUGAAACCUUAGGACUUAUUAAACUGGUCUUGGCUGUAGAACAGGAACACAAAAACAUAGAACCACUUGACAAAUCAACAGUUGAAACAGAGUACUCAGAUCUGUUUACUGGCUUAGGCUGUUUACCGGACAAAGUGAAAAUAGAACUAAAGUCUGAUGCGGAACCUGUGGUAGAGGCGUGUAGGAAAAUACCGUUCCCGUUACACGACCAGUUGAAGGUGGAGCUGGAUUAUAUGGAGAAAAUGAAUGUGAUUCAGAAAAUAGAGAAACCAGUUGAGUGGGUCAACUCUCUAGUGGUCGUACACAAACCCAAUGGGAAAUUGCGUGUCUGUUUAGAUCCCAGGAAUUUAAAUAAAUUUAUCAAACGUGAACACUAUAAACUCCCAACUAGAGAAGAGAUUAUGUCCAGAUUUGAAGGAGCAACCAUUUUCUCAAAACUUGAUGCUGCAAGUGGAUUUUGGCAAAUCCAGUUGGAGGAUGAAAGUGCAGAUUUAUGUACAUUGAUCACCCCAUUCGGAAGGUAUCGGUUCAAUAGGCUUCCCUUUGGAAUCAGCAGCGCGCCCGAGAUAUACCAUCGGAUUAUACACAACCUAUUUGAGGAUAUACCAGGAGUUGACACUUCCAUGGAUGACAUCAUCAUAUGGGGAAAGAACAGACGAACAUGA